AUGGGCAGCUCUACUGGUACAUUCGUGAUGGUACCGUACGCCAGAGUGGAAGCUGAUGACAUUGAAGAUUUCCAAUGUGAAUUGCCUGCACGUUUGAGGUUGGGAUGGCGGACGGAUGUGUACAUAUCCACCCGAGUGUGUGGCGAGGAUGAGGGCCUGUUGGGCAUCUGCGUUGAGGUGGAGAUCGGGUUUGGAGAAGAUGCUGGGAAAGUGAAGAUCGAUGAUUAA